AUGGCAACCGAUCGAGACCCCAUCACCUGCCACGUCCUCGACACAACAACCGGCCGUCCUGGCGCAAACAUCUCAGUCAAGCUCUACAAUACAAGUCUUCCGAAUUAUUUCUUCUCUGCCACCACCAACGGAGACGGUCGCAUUGCCAAUUGGCAACUCCCAGAAGGGUCGAAUGAAACGAUCGCUUCCCUAAUCCAUGACUAUGCUAGUCAGGAAGGAAAACUGGUUGCUGGAUGUCCUUUAGGGUCAAGCAUAUGGAAACUCCAGUUCGACACAGGAAGUUAUUACGGCGUGCAAAACACUUUCUUCCCAAAGGUCGAGUUGACGUUCUUGGUCAAGGAGGGAGAGCAUUUCCACGUACCGCUGUUACUCGGUCCCUACAGCUUCACUACAUAUCGCGGCAGUUAG